AUGUCAGAUUCCGAAUUUGAUAGAACAGAUCCAUCUAAGUUUUUAGGUGACCUAAUAGGCUCGCCAGUGAGAGUGAAGUUGUACAGCGGGGUUGAAUACCGCGGUGAUUUACAAACCAUUGAUGGUUACAUGAAUGUGGUAUUAGAGAACGGUAAAGAAUUUAUCAAUGGGAAUGUGACUAGAGACUACGGAGACUUGUUCCUCAGGGGAAAUACUGGUAUGUUAUACUACGAGAGAGGACCCUAA